ACGACAUACGUGCGUCAUCAUCAUGUGCCGCAAACGUAAUACGACAAUUUUAUGCGACGGAUGCGCUCCCCCCUUUCUAUAUGCUCUCUGCUGAUGUGUUACGAAGAAGAGGCAUAAGUCUGUCUUUUUGGGCUGAUCUUUUCAUGCAUUGACACAUAUUCAGAGUUUUAACCUAAUAGAAGGCUUCGGUUGGGAAGCUCAUGUAAAAGGAGCCGGAGACUGACAGUGGGAAUGGCGCCCAAAGGUAAAGUCGGCACAAAAGGAAAGCGGCAGAUCUAUGAGGAGAACUUGGGCACUUUGCAGUUCUACUCACGGAUCAUCCUCGGAGCCAAUGCAAUCUAUGCAGUUGUGAACCUUCUCAUUUUCUACGGUUCCUCUUCUUUUUGGACAUGGCUGCUGCUGAUGUUUGCAUUAGCUGUGUACAUUGGCAGUUACCGCUCAAUGUCAUCCAUGGCCAAACCAGUGUUUGCUGAAGAUGGCAGCCUGUUAGAUGGAGGCAUAGACCUGAAUAUGGAGCAGGGGAUGGCUGAGCACCUGAAGGAUGUAAUUUUGCUCACAGCUAUUGUACAAGUGCUCAGCAUCAUCUCCUUGUAUUUCUGGUAUCUAUGGCUUCUGGCCCCGGCCCGCGCACUUCACCUGCUCUGGGUGAACUUCCUUGGGCCCUGGUUCACAGCGGAAAGCCCCUCAGUUCCAGAGGAGGUGAAUGAGAAGAAACAGAGGCGGCAGGAGCGCAGACAGAUGAGGAGAUUUUGACACUGUCAAGACUAAUCCAAUCUAACACAGGGCCAUAGAGACACAUAACUUAUUGUGUGUACUAUUCCAUGGAACACUGUCCGAACCAUCCUCUGGAUUCUUCUUUCCCAACUGUUUGAUUUGCUGUUCCUCAUAGCCCAGUUUACUUCUCAUAUUAUUAUGUUUUAUCAUGUCAGGGUCUGCCCGUUUAAAGGUGCACUAUGUAACUUGUAGCUCAUAGAGAGGAUUUCACUUUGCCUGGAAUGUUUCAUAGUACAGCAUUAAAGUUCAAUCUGCCAUUGUAUUUCAUUUAUAGUAGUUUUAUUGUUUAAAGCAAAAUCAACUGUUCAGAGCUUUUAACCAUGGUAUAGUCGUUUCCUUCUCAUUUAGCUUCUCACAGUUGUAUUUGGAGCGCUUCAUGCACAUUUGAGCAAUCUUUAGUCACUUAUUUUCAAGACUCCAUUUUGCCAAUCAACUCUCAUUUUCACUGCUAUUGGUACACACGCACUGCUCUAUACUUAGUUCUCCAAUUUUAUUUUCUUAAUCAGUGAUUCAUGAAACACUAGCAUGCUGUGCAGCUAUCCAUAUGAGAGGCUGACAGCUGCACAGCUCUUUGUUGUGAUGAAGUUUACAGCAACAUCAGCUCUCAUUGGCACUAUAGUUUUCUAACGCAGAGUCAGCAGAGUUGUUUCUUUUAUUAAGUCAUUUUUAGAUUAAAAUGAUAACAUAAUGAUCCACGGGUGUCAUUGAUUAUAACUAUAGAGCAGACUCAAUAGCACAAUAGGUGUUCUUUAAAAACCUUGGAAUAAACAUGCAUUCUUCCCACUGUGAGUGGGAUCUGACCUAUAACUUUGCCUUAUUAUCUCCAAUGGGAUGGAAUCUCAUGGAAUUUCAUGCCAAAUACUGGGACAUUCUAGGCUAAACAGUUUUCAUAAGGAGCUAAUAAUCACCACAGAGACAAGCAGGCUCUCAGAAAAGUUGCAUAGUGCUUUAAAAUCACCUCUUCAUCACAAAAAACAUAGACUGUAUAUAUAUUUUCAUGCCCUCUUAAGAGUUGUAUGUUCUUUCAUUCAAAACAAAUGAUCAUGUUUCAUUUGUAAUAAACAGAGGGCACAAGACUGUCUGGAUGACAGUGGAGAUUUAUAAUAUAAUGAUAAUGCAAUGUUUUUCAGUAAAUGGAAUCUAAAAAAAAGAGCCAGUCAGUCUUGUGUUUUGUGUAGUUCUUAGUAAAUUACACUGGAAAUUAGAUUAGGCAAAACUUGUACUCAAGUAAGAUAACAUUAUUUCACAAUAUUUGCUCAAGUAGAAGUACAAAGAAGAGUUAAAAGUAUUUGAGCAGUUGCGAGUAGAUCUCCAUAGAACCUACAUUCAAUCAGAAGAAUGCACCAAGGGAUGCACCAAUACCAGUACUGUUAUCAGGACUUCUGCCUGUUUUGGUCAUGCAAAAUAUUUAAUUAUGCUGAACUUAGAAACAACAGAACUGUAGAAGCUAUAGACCUUUCUGAGGAGAUUUCUGGUGUUAUGUUAUAGAGGGUAAGCAAGUUUAAACUAGCUCACUUUUGGGGUUAAGCUGGUGCGAUAGAUGCAAUUUCAAACACCAACUCAAGUAGAAGUACAAAGUACUAAGUCCAAGAAAUGACUCAAGUAGGAGUAAAAAAAUUGUGAAAACUACUACUGAAGUAAGAGUAACUUGAAGAGUAACUGUCAGGAUGUAACAUAUAAUUUGAAGUUAAUGUAAUUUUAAGGACAAACAUGAUAUAAUACAUGCAGAGACUAAACCAAGUCAUAUGUGAAGGAGUGAUGCAAGAACAAAUCUUCAAAUCAUUUCAUAUGACAAAACUUUUCAUUUGUAGACUUACAGUGGGAAGAGUAACCACAACAUUUACUCAAGUAAGAGUACUGUUACUUCAAUAAAAAUUUUACUCAACUAGGAGUAGAAGUGUGCUGCUAGAAUUUCUUUUCAAAGUUGCUCAAGUAAAUGUACCCACCUUUGCCAACUGGUCCCACUUGUAGGCCUACUGCUACAGAGGUGUUUACCUGACUAUUUCUUUCACCUACAGUCUAAUGUUUGAUGACUUGUCUGCAUCAGUGUUGAAGUUGUGGGAAGACACUAUUCAAACCAUUCAUUGUGUUUGUGGCUAUUUCUGUACCCUGCAGUUUGCUAUUCCUUUUCACCAUCUUGUGUGAUGGUGACCCCUACGGUCCAUUUAUUGACAUGACCAUCCAAACUCCAAGCAUCCCAAACUUCUGCUUUGUGAGGCCUGUCAUGAUAAUUAAUAUAUUGGCUCAUUGUUCAAUAUUUGCUAGAUACUUUUUCAGGCUCAACCUUUAUCGA